AUGUCUUCGAGAACCCUUAUCGCAGAUGGCCUAUGGUAUUGCCUCUGUCCGUUGUACAAACAAGUGCCAUUGAGGUGGUCAAGCUUUCCAUGGCGGCGGCCGAAUCAGCACCACGGUGAUGCGGUCUUCAAGGAACGAUGCUCCGCCGCUCGAUCCUUCUCUUCUACAUCACAGGAGACCUUACUGUCGACAGAACAGAUAUCGAAUUAUUUUGCGGAUAAUGGGGCUUCCGCUGAGCGAAAUAGAGGAGACCUUCUUAGAGAGAUAGAGCUUGCCGUUUCCAGAAACAACCCAAAGAAACCGAUAUCAAAGGAAACGUUCAAACAAUUCACCGAAAUCCAUCCAUCAUUCCGAAAACUACACUCUCAUGAGGUCAUAGAGAAUAUGCUUCGCAAAACGGCUGAGUGUAGCCCAAAUUAUAGGCUCACUAUGAAACUGAUGAGAGAGCUGAUCCGGAGACGUGGCUGUGAUCCGCAAACAUGGCAUUACACUGUUAUGAUAUCGGCGAAUGCGGACGCGCUGAUGGGGUCUCCAAGACAUGUUCGAAAGCUACUGAACGAGAUGCAAGAAUAUAAUAUACCAAUUGACUCCGCGACUCUUCAUGCGGCGUUGAGGGUCCUUGCGAUACACCCCGAUUACAUCUUACGACAGAAUAUCCUUCACAUUCUACGGGAUCGAUGGCUAACAAUUUCGCCGGAGGGUUGGCAUAAUGUUGUAGCAGGACUCAUUCGGGAGGGCCAGUACGAAAUGGUGUUAGACCAUCUCUCGCGCAUGCAAGCUCAACACAUUCCCAUCGAGCCAUGGCUAUAUAGUCUAUUUAUAUACAAUCUAUGCAAUGCAGAAGAGUACGAUAUGGUCCUAGAGUUGAUGGUUAGCUGGACAAAUAGCGGUAAUGAACUCUCCCCGAACCUUUGGUUUCAUGUGCUUGUUGGAGCCAGCGAGGCAUUCCACGAAAAAUGCGUGACCUAUGUAUGGAAACGGCGCGUGCAGCAAGGGCUCAUCAACCCACCCUAUGGCGUUUUCAACAAUAUCCUCAUAAUGACAUCGCGAACUGGCAAUACAUGGCUAGCCCGCGAAGUGUUCCGAGUCAUGCGCGAGCGAAAAGCAAUUUUUCUGCUGGAAGACUACCUCUGCCUCAUUGACACCUUCCUCGCCGCUGACGACCUCGAGAGUGCCCUUCGCAUAUUAUGUCCCGCUCAAAAAGCAACCUUCAAGCUCGACGAGACCGCCACACGAUCGAUCGUCACCUACUGUAUCGAAAAAAACAUCCCGCCCCGCAACAUCUGGGCGACAUUAGUAAAAUUGAAGGUAAAGGACUUCCAAAAUGUACCCUUAGCAGCUGCAAACGCCGUGAUCGAAAUCGCAGUCCACCACAAGACAAUGACAGUAGCGCUGGAAUUCUACAAGGCGCUAACAGAGGUGUUUGGCCACCGGCCAGCCGCCACCACCUUCAACACUCUAAUCCACGGCUGCCGUGUCACAAGCUCCCAUAAGCUGGCCAACUUUUUCGUGCAGGAGAUGGUUCACCUCGACAUCUUCCCGGACCGGAUGACGUACGAGCACCUGAUACUGCUGUGUGUAGAUGCAGGGCGGUUCCGCGAAGCACACAGAUACUUUGUUGAGAUGAUGGAGAGCGGGUUUUCGUUGACGCCUAUUUCGAAGAUUCAUGUUCGGACUAAGUGUUUUGAUUCUGAGGAUAAGUAUGCUAAGAUCUUGCAGUAUGAUGCCAAUAUACGGAAACCGAUUGCUAGGUGUCCUGGGUCAUAA